AUGAGCGUCCUUUCUAUUGGACCUGGUGCAAGUGUCGCGGUUCAUUCUCUUGCCAUCAACCCAGUUGAGCGAAAUAGCAAGGUCGCUACUGUUAGUUUCCAUACUGUCCCUGUGUCUUUAUAUCAAGGUUCAAAAGAUCAAUGGAAAUUUGCGCUGCCCCCGGAGGGGGAUGAAGACACCGUGGACACCACACACACUCUUAUACUGGAUACUCACUUCUCGGGUUUCACGCCUCUCCAACAUUCUGAAGAAGACAGCUGUGACGUGGACGUGAUCGCAAUAUCGGGUCUUGGUGGCCACGCUUUUGGUUCCUUCAAAGAAAGGGGCGGUUCAUUCAUGUGGCUCCGUGAUGCUCUUCCGUUAGAUUUUCCUAAUGCAAGGAUCCUGAUCUAUGGUUACGACAGUCGGCUAGUCCGGAGCAGUUCAUUCCAGAACUUGACGGACUUGGGUAGAGCCCUUCAGAUCGACAUGAAUAGCAUCCGGGAAUCAAGCCAAUCCCGUCCCAUAGUAUUCAUCGGACAUAGCCUUGGAGGACUCGUCAUUAAAGAGGCUAUAUGCAAGCUGAAAGAGGAAAUGGAUGAGACCGGCGCAUCAAUUCUGAAUGCCACUUGCGGAUUCCUAUUCUUCGGCGUCCCCCAUCAAGGGAUGGCUAUCGAGUCGCUCGUUCCCUUGGUAAAAGACCAGCCUAACCGGGGUCUUCUCGAGUCCCUCGGUAAGAAUUCAGCGCUUCUUACACGCCUCGGACAGGACUUCGGGAAUGCAUUCGGCGAAAGGCACAUUCCUAUCAUUUCAUUCUACGAAAAGGAGAAAUCUCCUACCGCAGUGAAGAGAAAUGGCCGGUGGGAACUUUCCGGACCUUUGAGUGUUUUGGUUGAUGUCUCAUCCGCAACAUGCGGCAGUAAAAACCAACACCCAAUCGGCCGCUGUCACUCCGAGAUGGUGAAAUAUAGCGACCAAUAUGAUGCCCUCUAUCAACGAGUUAGGACAGCUCUACGACCACUACUGUUGAAAGCACGAAACACGCGUGAUAUAGUGACUGCAGAAGCUGGAAAUAACUCCUUAGUGCCGCAUCCAACAAAGAGCUUGGUAAACACCUGUGGGUGGCUCCUCGACGAUCCGCAGUACAAACAUUGGAUGAACAAGCCAAGAGGUCUUUUCUGGAUCAAAGGGAAUCCCGGGACCGGCAAAUCUGUCCUCAUGAAGUUUGCUGCUCAAGCAAUGGCUCGCAGAAAAUCCGGACAGCUUGUGAUAUCCUACUUCCUACACGGUCGAGGAACGCUUUUACAGAAGACGCCAUUGGGUGUUUUCCGCGCAUUGUUAAAUUGCAUGCUCAAUAUAUUCCCGACAUACCUCUCUGAGCUCACUGCCCAGUUCGAGGAUCGCGAGAAACGAUUUGGAUCCUAUGAGGAAGGUAGAUGGACCUGGACGGAAAAAGAGCUCCAAGAAUUUCUGUUCCGAGUUCUGACAAAAGGCACGAAGGCCCAUCCCGUUGUAAUUUUUGUCGACGCGCUUGACGAGACGGGUAAAGACGCUGCAAGAAGCUUGCUAUCGUACUUCAGAGAUAUGAUGAGAGACGUUGAGCGCGACAAGGGGCUGGUAAAGAUAUGUGUUUCUUCUAGACACUAUCCUAUCCUUGGCCUCGACAUCUUCCCAACUACUUCCGUGGAAGAGCGAAAUGAUCAAGACAUUCGAUUGGUUAUUCGAAAUAGGCUCGAACAAGUCCAACCAGACUCAAAGCGUCAGCAAAUUGAAAAUCAGAUCUUGUUAAAAGCUCAAGGAGGAUUUCAAUGGGCGGUCCUAGUUAGUAAUAUGGUGAUUGAGGAGAACGACAAUGGCACCAAGGCGGACAUCCUGCAGGAAAAGAUCGUCUCUAUACCGGAAGCACUCGAUGAACUUUAUGCGAGCAUUCUGUGUAGCGUUCCGGAAACCGAAAGGCAGCAGACUGUCAAGUUAUUCCAAUGGGUCCUAUUCACAGCGCGGCCGUUGUCUGCACAAGAACUUCGGGACGCACUUUCUAUCGAUAAGGGCAUGCAGUGCACUACCGAUAUUCGAAAGCAUUCAAGUUGGUCUGACACCCUGCUUGAGUUUGAGAGGCAUGCUAAGCACCUUUCAAGGGGACUGAUUGAAUUUCAGUCCCGCGAGCUUUGGGAGCAAUAUGGACCUGACGGGGAAGACCCCGACAGGGAGGCUCAAUUGAUCCACCAAUCAGUUGCUGACUAUUUGCUCAAGAAUUUCCUGAGCCAUGUUGAACAUGACCAAAGUAUUUCUCAAUCUCCAGUCGCAGCUGGCCAUUUUCAAAUAUCGAGGUCCUGUGUCAGAUACUUGACGUUAGAGGAAGUGCUAGAAGAAGCUCAGUGGAGGCCAAGUCAACUCCGGAUAAGGUUCCCACUGGUCCCAUACGCUGUGCGGUUCCUGUUGCACCAUAUUCAGGAGGUGGAAGGAGAGGGAAUCGCCCAAUCUGAUCUUCUCUCCCUCAUUCAGUCAGACCGACAACCAAACAUGCAGAGAAUCGGCAGUGUAUGGAGUGUGUCCGAUCCUGAUUGCAUCUACGCGCCUAUAGGCUGGCCCUUUGCUGAAGCAACCGCGCUUCACGUUCUUAUCGCACUGGGUUCGAAGAGCGCUUUUGACGAAUUCUUGCAGAAGGAUAAUGUGCAAUUUAACGGUAGAGACGCCGAAGGGAAUACGCCAUUACUUCUCGCGAUCAGAGAGGACAAGCAAGACAUGGCCCUAGCGCUGCUGAAUCGGUCGAUUGAGUGGCGGCUUCGACAAAAUGAAGACGUUGAACAGAGCAUCGACGGUGCCAAGGCCACAGAACUGGAAAAGAGCUACCUUGUGGAUAUUAACACCGAGAAUAAUGAUGGUGAAACGCCACUGACUGUUGCCCUAACAAACAAUACCGGAGAGGUGGUCUAUGCAUUACUUGAGGCAGGCGCUGACCCGAAAUUUCUUGGCCAAGAGAGUGCCCUCAUUUCCUACGCCAUUCGUAACAGGGACGAGCCUCUACUCAUGAAGCUUACUGAGAAAAAGGUGAAACUAGAUGGGGCCGUCCAUCUCGCACUGAAAGAGAUUAAGGACAACGAGGAUCUUCUUAAACGAGUCAUAUUGGAACUUCUGCAGGCUGGAGCCAACACGACGAGGCUACCGGAAUUUGACAGGGACAUUGGAACUCCCUCAGCAGAUGAAACUCAUGAUGGAUAUGAGCAUGAUGAUGAGGCGAUUCUCCUGGCUUCACGAAGUGGGCAAACAGCCAUUGUGAAUCUUCUUCUUUUGUACGGCGUUUCGGCAACCUCUCAGGAUCGAUAUGGGGACUUUCCAUUACUUGUUGCCAUGAAAAAGGGUCAUAAAGAAAUCGUUGAAAUUCUGCUCCAGGCAGAGCCUGCCGCAGUUGAGAUGGAAGGAAAUCGUGGUCAGCAAGCUCUGAUCACGGCAAUAGAUCAAGAUGAAGUUGAGAUCGCCAUGCUCCUUAUUCAAAAAGGAAGUUUCCACCCGUCAACUGCAGCGCUGCGGGAAGGCCUUUCUAAGGCCAUCGAGAAGGACAUGUCGGAUUUGGUGGAUAUUAUCCUACGGAAAGAUAAGGGCUUAGUAGAAAUUGAGAUCGCCUCAGACCAGACACCACUUUCCUUUGCAGCAGAAAAUGGAUCCGAAGCAGUUGUCAAGCUACUCCUUGAAGCAGGAGCCAACAUGGAGUCUGAGGACAAUUAUAAUCAGACACCACUAUAUCUGGCAGCAUUACAUGGGCGUGAGGCAGUGGUUAAGCUACUCCUUGAAGCAGGAGCCAACAUGGAGUCCAAGAACACCUAUGAUCGGACGCCACUAUAUCAAGCAGCAUUAAAUGGGCAUGAAGCAGUGGUUAAGCUACUUCUUGAGGCGGGCGCAAGUCUAGAGUCAAAGGACAUCAAUCAACAUACACCACUUAUUUUGGCAGCAAAGAGAGGGCGUGAGGCAGCAGUUAAGCUGCUCCUUCAAGCAGGCACGAACCUAGAGGCAAAAGAUACCUUAGGUCGGACACCACUAUCUUAUGCAGCAUGCAAUGGGCAUAAGGCAGUGGUUAAGCUACUCCUUGGGGCAGGCGCCAAUCCAGAGUCAAAGGAUGUCACUAAACAGACGCCACUACUUUUAGCAGCAGAGAGUGGACAUGAAGCAGUGGUUAGACUGCUUCUUCGAGCAGGCACCGACCUAGAGUUAAAGGGUAUCCUUGAUCAGACACCACUAUCUCGCGCAGCAUGGAGUGGGCAUAAUGCAGUGAUUCGCCUACUCCUUAAGACAGGUGCCAAUCCAGAGUCAAAGGAUGUUGAUGAUCGGACGCCGCUGCUUUUGGCAGCAGAGAGAGGGCAUGAAGCAGCGGUUAAGCUGCUUCUUCAAGCAGGCGCCAACCUAGAGUCAAAUGAUAGUGUCUUUCAUCAGACGCCACUAUCUCGCGCAGCAUGGAGUGGGCAUGAGGCAGUGGUUAAAGUGCUCCUUGAGGCAGGUGCCAAUCCAGAGGCAAAGGAUAUCUAUAAUUGGACGCCACUGUUAUUGGCAGCAAAAAGGCAUAAGGGAGUGGUUCAGCUACUGCUUAAGGCAGGCGCUAACCCAAAGUCAAUGGAUAUUUCGAGAUCCGCGCCACUAUCAUGGAGCAGCAGUGAAGGGGAAUGA